AUGGAGAGACAGAGAGACAUAGAGGAGAUUUUUGAAAAGUGGAACUUAAGUGACGAAAGUUUAGUAGAGCGUGCUUUGGGUGUAUAUUGGUUCAUAGAAAAAGAUGUGCUUGGAUUUCAAAUGAACAUCAAUAAACAACCAGCAACUAGGCGUGGCAUUUUAAGUAUGGUUAGUUCGGUCUAUGAUCCUCUUGGAAUUGUUUCUCCCUUUAUUUUGACAGCCAAAUCCAUAUUACAGAACUUGUGUAGAAGGGGGAUAAGCUGGGAUGAAGAAAUUCCUGCUAAGGAGCUUGUGAAAUGGAACAGUUGGCUUCAGCAAUUGCCCGACUUGGAGAAAAUAAACAUCUCGAGAUGCUACAAGCCAGUGAAUUUUAAGAACAUUGUUACCUGUCAACUUCAUUGUUUUGCUGAUGCAAGUGAGAUUGGGUAUGGAUCCGUGUUUUAUCUCAGACUGUUAAAUGAAGAAGGACACGUUCACUGUGCCUUUGUGUUAGGAAAAUCAAGAGUCUCGCCCCUGAAAUCUGUGAGUGUACCCAGAUUAGAACUGACAGCGGCUACCAGUGCAGUGAAACUUAGUAGAAUGAUAAUGAAAGAACUGGACUACUUUGUUCAUCAAGUAUUUUACUGGACAGAUAGCAUGACGGUAAUUCGAUAUAUAUCCAACAAGAAAACACGUUUCCACACCUUUAUAGCAAACCGUUUGGCUAUGAUUCAUGAAGCAACUGAAGUGGAACAGUGGCAUUAUGUAGACACAAAACAGAAUCCAGCUUAUCUGGCAUCUAGAGGGAUGACCAUGGAAAAGUUUCUGAAAACUCACCAGUGGUCACAAGGACCUGACUUCUUAUGGAAUGAUGAAGACAAGUGGCCAAAGUGUUAUGAAAACUUGAACAUUCCAAGUGAUGACCCAGAAGUAAGAAAACCUGUGAAUGUUUGUACAAAUGUGACAAUUCAACCAGAAGGAGUUGAAUGUUUGAUUCACUAUUGUUCAGACUGGUUUAAAUUAAUCAAGAUGACUGCCUGGCUGAUUGUGGCAAAGGAAUAUAUAAGAUCUGCAGUGAAAGCUAAACAAGAAGUGCUCAAAGAGGAGUGGACAAAGGAAAGCCAAAAAGAAAAGAGAUUACAACUGACAGUUCAAAAGCGAAUUGAAGCAGAAAAGGCUCUGAUUUAUUAUGUGCAGCAGAAACAUUUUAGUGAGGAAAUUGAAGCCUUGGAAAAUAUGAAUGAUUCUGGAAAAAAGAGGAGCAUAGGAUCCAAAUCUUCACUGCGGAAGUUGGACCCAUUUUUAGAUAAUGAUGGCCUGUUGAGAGUUGGUGGAAGGUUGGAGCGUGCGGAAAUGACAUUUGAUGCUAAACACCCUAUAAUCCUUCCAAAAAAUUCUCCAGUGUCAAGUCUCAUCAUAAAGGAUGCUCAUCAAACCAUCGGACACAUGGGAAAAAACUCAAUCUUAAGUGUUAUAAGACAGAAAUAUUGGAUUCUCGGUGCAAGUGUGAUGAUUAAAAGUUUGGUGUCCAAAUGUGUGAUAUGCAAGAAAUAUAAAGGUGUUUCUGAAAAGCAAAAGAUGGCAAAUCUUCCAGAAGAAAGACUUCAGUCAGAUGAACCACCCUUUACCAGGCUUGGAAUGGAUUUCUUUGGACCCUUUGAAGUAAAGCUAGGGAGAAGUACAGUCAAGCGUUAUGGAGUGAUUUUCACAUGUUUAGCUACAAGAGCAAUACAUCUUGAAUUAGCCUUUUCCCUGGACACAGAUUCAUGUAUAAAUGCCAUUAGAAGAUUUAUAGCAAGAAGAGGAGUACCGUCUUUCAUUCGUUCGGAUAAUGGCACUAAUUUAGUUGGUGCAGCCAAGGAAAUGUCAGAGGAAAUACAGAGAUGGAACUUGCAUCAGAUACAUGAAUUUAUGCUUCAAAAGAAAAUUCAAUGGGAAUUCAACCCACCAGCUGCUUCACAUUUUGGUGGUGUGUGGGAGAGACUCAUUAGAUCUGUUAGAAAAGUUUUGUAUUCUGUGAUGUGUGAACAAAAUUUUCGCAUUAGUGAUGAAGGACUUUCUACACUCUUUUGUGAAGUUGAAGCAAUUCUAAAUGGAAGGCCAAUUACAGAAAUGUCAGAAGAUGUACAUGAUGUGGAUGUACUAACACCAAAUCAUUUGUUACUUCUGCGACCUGGUGAGAGAUUUCCCCCUGGACUUUUCGAUAAAAAGGACGAUUAUGUGAGACGACGAUGGCGUCAAAUCCAGUACCUGGCUGACAUAUUUUGGGCAAGGUGGAAAAGUGAAUAUUUACAGCUUUUAUAG